AUGAAUGAAUUCAAUGUCCAACUGUCUGACAUAUAUAAUAAACAAAAUAAUAAUAUAUAUCAACAUUAUGAAGUAAAUAAUAUGGAAGAUAUUAAUAAGUGCCCAACUAAAGCUGAAUAUUACAACUGCUUAUCUGAAACAUCAAAUAUAAAUUGGUCAAGAAAAUUCAUAGAUGAUUUAGAUGACUGUAAAAGAAAGGUGGAUACAUCGAUACCAUUUUAUCUAGAACAAGCACAAUUUCAACAUUCAAUAAAAUAUCAUUCAAAUGAAUCAAUAUUAUUAGACAAUAAUAAUCAUAAUGAUAAUUCAAAUUUUAUUGAUUUCAAUCAAAUAGAUUUACAGCCUGAUUCAACUGUUAUGGCACCGAUUACAAAUAAUGAUUUUGUCUAUAAGGAAGAAUGUAGAAGGAGACCAAUGAAAAGACAUUUAAAAUCUCCAAUAUAUCAAAAGUCUAUUGAACAUGUUGGUAACAAUGAUGAUUCUGGUUUAAACGUUAACAAUAACAUAUCACCGUUAAAUAAUCAAUUAAUAAUCAGAAAUGAACAAAUUAAUAAUUUCGUGACUACUACAAAAACGGUGGAAUUUUCAUCUAAAGAACCAACAACUUGUGCUACAUCAUUAACAACAACGUCAUCAUCAUCAUCAUCGUCAUCUGUGGCAGUGGUUGUUAGUUCAACAAAUAAACGAUCUAGAUCAGCUUAUACAAAUUUACAAUUAAUUGAAUUAGAAAAAGAAUUUCAUUAUUCCAAUUAUUUAGGGCAACCUAGACGAUUAGAAUUAGCUGAACAACUUGGUUUAACUGAACGUCAAAUUAAAAUUUGGUUUCAAAAUAGACGAAUGAAACAGAAAAAAGAAUCUGUUGAAAAAGGCAAAUAUGAUUUUUAUCAUCCAUAUUAUGAAAAUUCUCACUUCUGGUAUCCUCAUCAUCCAAUGAAUAUUAAUCAACAAGAACCAUACAAUUAUUAUCAAACAACACAAUUAAAAUCAACUACUUACUCAAAUAAUUCACUAAACGACCUCCUAUCUACUCUGCCUUCUCCAGUUAAUAUACCAACUUUUAUUGAUUCAACUAAUUAUAAUACUAUAAACAAUAUCAGUAAUUCAAUCGAUUUAGAGGUAUUUAAUAAUAGUAAUACCAAACAUCAAUUGAAUAAUCAUAAUACAAAACAAAUAAUGAUGAGUAAUAGUCCUAUAAAAGACUGGUCAAAUUCACUAACAUCUAAUGAAGAAUUAUUAGAUAAAAAAGAUUAUUCAAUGUUUAAAAACUCCGAUUUUCCACGUUAUAUUUCUUCAUGUAAUAAUUUGUCAUCUUUAUUAUCUUGUGAUCAUCGAUUUCCUGAAGACAGUAUGGAUUGUUUUGUUGAUUCCAAUGGAACUGAUGUAAAUCAUAUGAACAGGUAUAUGAUAAAUGAAACUAAUCACAAACAAAUAUUAAAUAAUAAUAACACUAAUCAUUCUCACAGUGAAUUAUCCAAUCAAUUAAAAACUUAUUUUGAACCAACAAUAAUUAAUUGUCAACAUCAGAGAACAUCUCAGUCAACAGUAUAUCAGUAUUGCCAUCAUAAUUUGAAUCAUUGUUAA